UCCCACAUUAUCGAAAGAGCAUCUUCCACUGUAUGCCUGUGUUCAGUAGCAUGCAUGCUAGGGCACGAAUAGCCAUAUCCCUUGUAAUAAGUAUGUGCAUAGGCCUAUAUAUUUUGUAAAACAGGCUAUUUGGAAGCAAAGGGACGCAACUAGUGGUCUGUAUUGUAGUACCAGACUGCCAGUAAAACGUGUAAGCAAACAGCGAUCGUUGAAAGCGGACUGAUUUACAGCGUUUUAUAGCCCUAUAAAAACUCCUCAAACAUUGCUGGCAAAAGUAAUCGAAAUGGGCUCUGCACAUAAAGAAACCAUAAACAUCUGCCCUUUUAUGUCAUUUUCACCAGAUCAUAUAGACCUAAGACUAAAAGACGUUAGAUGCUAAUCGACGUUAGAUGCUAAUUAACAAGUGAUUGACCUUGUGUUAUGAUGAUGACCAUUAUUACCCAUCCCUUGCAUGUAGGACCUUUUUUAUAUGUAGUUUAUUAUGAUCACGAAUCUUCUUCAACGUAUUUGUAUUAUUAUUAUUACCAACUAAAUGUUUCUCAUUAAGGUCAAGUAGAUCGUGUUUAGGUCUGCUGUCCAGUUAUUUGUUGUGUCGUGCAUAACAGAAGUGAUGCAAUUACAAAAGUUAAUGACAGUAUAAUAGUGCCAGUAAAGCAUCUGUUAAAAUGCGUUACAUUCAUACCUGACAGCUUUAUUUGCGGUGACUUACUUUUCUGAAAACAACAUUGGUUGAAGUUUGUAAUGGACUUCACUCCCCUAUCUAGGAAUAUAAUAUUACUGUUCACAGAUUUAGACAACCACAUAUGUUGAUAGAAAUAAACCUGCGAUGGGACAUAAAGUAAUUUCAAAGCACUUUUUAACAAUUUUUAAUAUUAAUUAACGUAAAAACAUAAUGAAAGCGAAGGAAAUAGAGAAAGUUAAAGAGAGGUAGAGAGAGACUCGGAGGGAGAUAGAGGAAAUGGGGAGAAUGGAGAAACCUAAAAGCAUCAGCCUGUCCAAUAAUGACUCUUUCAGCAGAAUUAGCGAUAAGUUGUCAUUAAAGAAUAGACUUCUGUAAUGUUCAUUGGCACAAGAUAACAAAUAGUUGACAUUAUUGAUGCAUUUUAAUUUCAAAAUAUUUUCAUUAUAGUUAUAUUGGCACAGUUUUUAAUGUUCUUAAAGUCAAAACACGCAAGUACUGUAAUUACUCAAAAGUUGAUGUUCUUCACUUAUAUGAUGAUCAUGUACCUACCCGUUUUUCUGAUAUGAACCCCUGUUCUACCUUCAAAACCUGUAGUGAAAUGGGCGAUUUUUCUUUUGGUAGGGCCUAGCCAUUUUGCUGGUGGAACCCUUCUAUUAUUGUUUAAUUUUUAUCUCUUUAUGACCAUUAUAUGAAUAUGAACUUUAAUAAUAACAAAUAUAAUUGAACUCUAAGGACACUGUAAUUCCAAUAUGUAGUGUUGUGUUACAAUAUGUGCUUAGGUUGCAUUUGUUUUUGAUAAAUGACAUAGGUAAGACAACAUGAGAAAGAGAGAGAGGAGAGAAAGAGAGAGAGAGAGAGAGAGAGAGAUUAUGCCCACAAUGGCGACCAAAGGUUUGAAAACCUUUGGUUCCUUAUCCGGGAACUACCUCUCACUCUGCCAUUGGGCCGUGGGGUCACGUGGUAAAAGUAACUUUACAGGGCUGCUCGCAAGUAGGAGGGCUUUAUGGAACAGAAAAACGACAAAGCUAGAAAAAUUAUUUUCCACUCCAGAAAUUAAUGAUCAUGAGCUCGUAUUUGAUGGACUCUACCUACAUUGAUCCGAAAUUUCCUCCAUGCGAGGAAUAUUCGCAAAACAGCUACAUCCCCGAGCACAGCCCUGAAUAUUACAGCCGCGCGAGGGACCCUGGCUCUGGCUACCAGCAUCACCAUCAGGAGCUGUACCCUCCGCGGGCGAGCUACCAAGAGCGCCAAUAUAACUGUGCAAGCAUCCCUGAACCAGACACGCAAAGGGGACAUGGACUACCCCAUUCUGCGCACCUGCUUGCAGGGAAAGGGCAGCCAGUCCCAUGUGAGACCCCCCAGUUACCACUGUCCCCCUCCACCCCACCGACUGCAUCCUCUGCCUGCAACCAAGCUACACCGGAUCAUCCAAACAGCUCUGCCUCCUCCAAGCAGCCCGUGGUGUACCCAUGGAUGAAGAAAAUUCACGUCAGCACUGCGAACCCGAAUUACAAUGGAGCAGAUUCCAAGCGGUCUAGGACAGCUUACACUCGGCAGCAGGUCUUAGAAUUGGAGAAGGAAUUCCACUAUAACCGCUAUUUAACACGGCGGAGGCGCAUCGAAAUAGCUCAUACAUUAGUUCUCUCCGAGCGACAAAUCAAAAUUUGGUUUCAGAAUCGCAGGAUGAAGUGGAAAAAAGACCACAGACUUCCUAACACCAAAGUCAGAUCCUCCACCACCGGCAUAUCCUCUGGGUCCAACACAUCCUCAUCUGCCGCCGCUGUCGGCACUUCCUCGGGCACUGGUGCAGUUACUCCCGAUGAACUUUCCGGAGGAGAGGAUGGCGAGGAUAUAACAAGGUUAUAAGGCGAAAGAAAACCACUUCAAGAAGAGAAAAAUGACUGAUAAUUUAUAGAAUAUUAUAUAUUUUGUUUUCUUAGGUAUUUGUGCGGUUUUAUUUAAGUCCAAAGUUAUAUAAAUUGCAUGUUAUAUAGCAUGGAUUUAUGCGAAUAGCCUUCUGAUGGAUUAUUUUUUCGCAACACAGGGUUUAAGUUAUUUAAUGCUGAAUCAAGAAGAUGUUUUUUAUGAGAAAAAUGUUUUGAAUGAAGGGGUAAAAAAUGUACAUUUUAUCUAAAUGUUAUAGUGGGCCAUUCGUUUGCCCUGCUGCCCAAGGUGAAAUGCACAAAAAUAUUUAUUUCAAGCUCAACACUGGAAGAAUAUAAUCAUAGUUAUUUUUGUUAAAAAUGCUGGAACAUACCGAUGGAAUAAAGAUCUUGAACGCGUAUGUUUGGGAUUAUAACAAGGUGAAUUACCUUGUUUAGCCUCUUUCAAAAACAGAAUUUUCAAUUACAAUUAGUUUGUGGAGUUGACGUUGUGUUUAGCAGAUUAUUGUGAAAUGCAAUAAACAGAGUUUAGUGUAUUUGUGAUAAUCAUAUUGGUCAAUAAAACAGUGAGUGUCUACUAGUUUUACACACGUUUGGAUGGAUUUCAUUCAUGGCCAACAGAGGUCAAGUGUCUAUUGUUUUGAUAACAGAAAGCCAAAGCCUAUUAGCCUAUGUGGUGACCGUUUUCUCAAAACGUUAGCCUAUCCCAGUACGUAUAUAUUUGUUCGGGCAAAAUGAACUUAUAAGAGGUUCUAUUAAGCCAAACUGACAUAGUUGGUUUGCAUUGUCCUUUCAGAGUCGUUAGGAAUAGUAUUCAGAUUCACCAUUCAUAUUUCCCCUUAAUUACAAUCAAUAAUCCAGACUAUAGCUAAUCUCUAAACCAAUAAUAAUCCAUAAUUAUUCUCCAAAUAAAGAGUUAUGGCAUGACUGUAUGCAUCUUAUCUUACGUACUAGCUCAUUAGUAACAUAGACAUUCAAUUAGGAUAAAGUAUCAUUUGGCAAGCCAUUCAACCAGGCCCUCAACCAGACUCCCUCUCUGGAAUAGGUUACUGACUGACCGACUGACUGACUGACUCACCGACUGAUUGUCAAAGAACCCUGCUUCCUGCUCAUUACUGAACCGAUA